AUGAUUUUGCCUUUAAAAUAUAUCCAACACAAUGAUUUCAACAAUGAGGUGAUCACUGCGAGAAGUUCAGGGGCCCAAGGACAGUUGCUACUCGCCAAGGUCAAUCUGCAGAACAAGCUGCCAAGAACAAAGCUGACAUCUCCAGAGAGUGCAUGUGAGCUCUCCUUCCUGGUUGCCCGAGGCCGAAUCUUCAGUCUCCAGCGUGGAACCGUUGCCAGCGGAGCGGUUGCGGUGGCCCAGCAGUUUGCUGCCUGGUGGCUUGGCCAGCCUGACAUCCUGGCGACCGCCCCGCACCGAGAGAGUGUUCCGUGCGCCCGCGGCUCCAUGGCUGCGCCAGCCCGAGGCUCCAUCGACGUGAGUCUCGUGGUGGUAGUCCAUGGUGGCGGAGCCAGCAACAUCUCGGCCGACCGGAAAGAGCGGGUGCGCGAAGGCAUAGCCAAGGCAGCCACCGAGGGCUACAAAAUCCUCAAGGCCGGAGGGAGCGCGGUUGAUGCUGUGGAAGGAGCCGUGACUGUCCUGGAAAACGACCCGGAGUUCAACGCAGGUUGUGGGUCUGUCCUGAAUGUAAAAGGUGACGUUGAGAUGGAUGCUAGUAUCAUGGAUGGGAGGGACCUGUCUGCAGGAGCAGUGUCUGCCGUGCGCUGUAUCGCAAAUCCCACUAAGCUUGCACGGCUUGUUAUGGAAAAGACACCUCAUUGCUUUCUGACUGGCCAUGGUGCAGAGAAAUUUGCAGCAGACAUGGGGAUUCCGGAGACUCCUUUAGAAAAACUGAUAACGGAGAGAAGCAAGAAGCACCUGGAAAAAGAGAAGCUUGAGAAGGGGGCCCAGAAAGCUGACUGCCCUAAAAACUCGGGAACCGUGGGUGCUGUUGCCUUGGACUGCAAAGGAAAUUUGGCCUAUGCCACCUCUACUGGAGGGAUUGUCAAUAAAAUGGUCGGCAGAGUUGGAGACUCACCUUGCAUAGGAGCUGGAGGUUACGCAGACAAUAACGUUGGCGCCGUCUCAACCACAGGACAUGGAGAAAGUAUCCUGAAGGUGAAUCUGGCCAGACUCGCCCUCUUUCAUGUAGAACAAGGAAAGACCGUAGAUGAGGCUGCUGAGUUGGCAUUGAAUUAUAUGAAAUCAAAGCUCAAAGGUCUAGGUGGCCUCAUCUUGGUGAGCAAAACAGGAGACUGGGUAGCAAAGUGGACCUCUGCCACCAUGCCUUGGGCAGCGGUGAAGAAUGGCAAGCUGCAGGCCGGCAUUGACCUUUGUGACACCAAGACCAUGACCAUGGACCUGUGCUAAACCCCAGAAGAUUGUAAUCUGCUUGCUAGCCUGGAAGUGAGGUUGAGCUGCCUGGUGUGGAGACCUAGCUCAAUCAAUUAGAUGUAGACAUGGAAAACUUACGCAGUCUGUCCCUCCUUUUGUUCCCUUGCUCAGUAAGGCAAAGAAUGUUUGGUGGAGGGUCAGAUUCUGAAGCGAUGAGAUGCCUGUGUUAAGACCAGUAAAGAUGGGAGCCUUAGGGAGCCCCUCUUUCCCAGUCUCCAUCAUGCAAGGCUAGAAGGGAGCCGCUAGAUUUUGACCACAGAACUGCUUUUGGGCUGGGAGAACAGUAACUUGCAGAGGCUAGCUUGGGAGGGUAUGGGAGGAAGCGCUGAAGAAAGGUGUUGGAAAGAAAGACCCAAGUCAGUUGAAGCUCAAAAUGUUACAGAGUUCAUUCAGAGACACAAGAACACCUAGCAAGAUGUGCAGGGAGGAGUUCUUUUUCUGUGUGGGGGAUUGGAUCUUUCCAGAACAGAACACUCAAACUUCUCCAACACGUAUCUGGGUACUUGAGUCUCCAUGGUUGCCUGAACUGUAGUCUAAUGAAGUCUGUGAAGUUUUGUUUAUGGGGUUUUUUUUGUUUGUUUGUUUGUUUGUUUGUUUGGCUCACAGGUGAGCUCCCAAGGCCAGCCCCACCCGACCCCAGUUCAAGUUGUCUUCACACAGGCUUGGUUAGGCUCAUGACCUUUCCCAGUUCUCCAGCAGCCGGUUGGCAGGUGGCUGGAGAGAUGACACUGACUCACUGAGGGAGUAGACUGCCAAUACUUGGGGACAGUCCCACACACGCUGAAUCAAAUGCUCAGGGGGGUGAGAAUGACGCAGAGAGCAGUCUCCUCAAUGGAGAACGCCCCAUGCACUCGUCAUCACCCUGGAAAUGGCAUGUCUGCUGGGCUAUGUCGGCUCAGCUUUUUAGUCUAUCGGAGAUCCCCUUCUCUCUGGGAAGAAACUGGUUAACUUUAAAUCCCACAUGCCACUAAUAAAAUGUAUUUUUGAAAGAAUAAGUGUGGUUAGGUGUCACUGUUGACCAAGACCAGAACAGAUACAAGUCCCCCUCUUGGUCCCUCAGUGCAGGCAGGUAUAAGAGAUGAGGGGACCUUUUAAGGGUGAUGUGGAAGUGUGGUAUAUUCUGCCACGUGGAGUUGAGUGGGGACUUUUUUAGAAGCAUUGAACUUGCUCUGAGUGUUUAGGGAGAAACAAAACUACCAUUUCCAAGCCUCAGCUAAGCUCAUGACUCUCUGCCCAACGCUUUGCCCAGGUUCACAGCAGCUCCUGACCCAGGGCCCUCUGGUGAGCCUGAGGCUCUGCCACAUUAAGGAGAAGGGGAGGCACUCAGAGUCAGAACUGAGCUUGCCGCUGCCCCUCCUCAUUACCAGGGGACCCAGGGAAUGUUAACAUUCCAGAAUUUUUUCAUCUAUGAAAAGCCUCUAGGACUCUGAAGUUUAAAAUUUAGUGCAUCAUAAGGAUCCUCUGGACAAAUUCAGGAACUAUAGCCAGUCUCCAGUGUGAGGGCAGCUAUGGCUUUAGAAACCCCAAAGGCCCCAGCAUGCAGUACCUGCUGAUGUAGCAAGAGGCAUUUUCUUAAGACGCAUAUUUGUUUGCUAAUGCUGCUGUAACAAAAUGCCGUAGGCUGGGCAGCUUAAUUAUCAGAUUUUCUCAGUUCUGGACUAGAAGUUCAACAUCAAAAUAUGGGAUUUUUGUUUGCGUUUUGUUUUUGUUUUUUGCUUGUUUCUGGUUGGUUGGUUGGGGGUGUUGUUCUGUUAGGGGAUUUUUGUAGUUUGUUUUGUUUUUUGAAACAGAAUCUCUCUGUAUAGUCCAAGCUCGCCUUUGAGUUCUUAAUCCUUCAUCUUCAACCUCCCAAGAACAGAGACUACAGGCCUAUAAACAUGUACUACCCCACCUGGCCACCUACUGUGAGGUUUUCUCUGAACACACAGAGCCCUCUUCUUACAGGGACACCAGUCACAUGAAUUCAGAUUUUCCCAAACCCACAAUACCCUCAUUUCAAGUUCAUCACUCCUUUGGUGUCCCUGUCCCCAGAUAGAAUCACAUUCUGAGUUACUGGAGAAACAAGGGGUUUAGAGACCCAUCCUGUGAACUGAAGGGGUUACAGUAGACAAGCAGAACCUAGGGAGAUAAUAACAGCCACUGGAUACCUGGAAAGGGGGGAUGGGAACAGAGAAGCCAAACGGAAGGUCUGACCUUGAGCGUCUGUGUUCUGCCCUUGCACAGGGAGGUGGCCCCGGUUAAAAGGCACUCGAUCCUUUCCCACUCUGCAGCUUGCCUUUUUGUCUUCUUGGCAGUGUCCAUUGUCUUACAGAAGUUUUUCAGUUUCAGGAGGUCCCAUUUAUUAAUUUGUCCAUCUCAGUGUCUUGCUACUGGUAUUCUAUACAGUUGUCUCCUGUGCCAAUGCAUUCAGGAUCAAAAUAUAUAAAGAAUUCAAGAAACUUGACAUCAAAAAACCCAAUAAUUCAAUUAAAAAUGGGGUACAGAACUAAACAGAAUUCUCA